AUGGUGAAAGGACGCUUCAUCGUCAACCCGUUCGCGGAAUUGUCGCUCACAGAGCACGACCACGUCCAGUUGCAAGACCUCGCCAACUCGGUCAUCAUGGCCCACCUCGACAAGUGGUCCAUCUACAAGUCGGAGAAGAUGCAAGUCGAAGAGCGCCAGAACAUCCGCAUGUACACCGAGCGAUCGUCAUCCACAAGCUCCGGCGAACUGAUCACCGGCAACGGGUUACCGAUCAUCUUGGCCGUCGGUACGCUUCAGGGACAACUGGACGACCUAAUGCACGGUGUCAUGAGUCCAACCCUCGAGUCUAUGCGUAUCAAGGCGUCGUACGUCGACGACUUUGACGGGGCCGCUGUACUGGACACGCUCGUCGAGCCCUCUCUCGACGACCCGUUCCAGACGCUGGUCCUCAAGUGGAUGGAGGUUGACAUCCCGCUCGUCAAGAACCGCGACUACGUACCCCCACCGGCGAACGCUUGGGUGCGUGGCAACAUCUCGGCGCUCGCCUUCUGGCAGCAGACUGGCCCCAACACGAUCGACAUGUGGGGUACGGCCGUGAUGGACCUGGGCGGUGACAUGAUCCGCAUGGUCGCGGUUCCGGCCAUGGUAGGCGCCUUCAUGUCCAGCGUCAAGUAUGGCUUCUGCGGCCAGAUAAGGAAGCUGGCGUGGGUGCUCGAGCAGCGCUACGAGGAGUCGAGGCAGCGCGGUACCCCCAACAAGACGAGCGACUGCGUUACGUGCUUUUCGCCCAUCUCGGGGCGGAAGCUCGGGGACUUUGGCAAAAGCAACAACACGUGCAAACUGUGCUUCGGCUUCGUAUGCCGCGCGUGCCAACUCGUCCGCAAGAUGAGCUUCGUGGACCCGGACUUGCAGUUGUCCCAGCGGAAGGUGACGUUUUGUUCCGCGUGCGUGGGGCAAGUGAUGUCUUUGAGCUCCACCGAUGCGGCCAGAGCUAUGAUGCUCAGCAAAAAGGGCCACUCGAAAGUCCACAACUCGCUGUCGUCGUCGGCAAGCACUACCUCAAGUAUGUCCAGCAUGUCGAUGUAA